GUGGACAGCGUUGUUUACCACGUGCUCAGCGUGUAACCUUAAAAUGACGGAACCGGGCGACCCAGGAGCGGAUGUUGUUCUCGUUGCUAAUGUUGUUCUCAAGAGCUAAAAGUCGCCUUCUGGGUGCACCUCAUUCCCGACGCCUCGGUCUGGUAUUUAUAAUAGCUGUUGACAGACACGGCUAGCUUCAGCUAGCGGGUCCCAGGCCAGAGCUCAGAGCCUAGCUGACUGACGUUAGUUUCCCAGCAGUGAUGGAGUGGCUGGGUAGCGGAGCUCCAGUUCAUUCUGCAGAAGAGUUUAGCGGUGACCCAGCUUCCACAGCCACCGCCUGCAGUGGUGUUUAUCCUCCGCAGCAGCCACAUCUUUGUGACUGUGCCAUGUCAUCACUGUGCCAAAGCCAGCAGCGCUGUGUUAAGGCUUCUAUUGUCUCCAGUUGGAGGUUGGCUGAGGCGCAGGACCAGCUGUGUUCAUUAGGGGUCCACAGCUCGGAGUCCCUGGAGCAGGAACGCGCUCGGAUUAUGGCCUGCCCCGCAGACCUCACAAACACCGAGGAGGAGUGGCGACGCAAGGAGAGCAUGCUGGGAGGUCAGGAACCCAGCCGCAGUUCCUUGCUUGAAAGUGUCGGAAGUUGGAACGUUUUUGACAAGAGUAUUAUUAAUGUCCAAAAUCAGCCCGUUGAACUGGAUCAUGACAAAUGCAAGACAUUUUUACAAAAGUAUGAGCAAGAGAUCAGGCAUUUUGGGAUGCUGCGGAGAUGGGAUGACAGUCAGCGGUUUCUUGCAGACAUGCCUCAUCUCAUCUGUGAGGAAACGGCUAAUUACUUAAGUUUUUGGUGUAUAAGACUACAGCAAGAAGGGGUAAAGAAAGAAGCGCUGAUGGAGCAGGUGGCACAUCAAGCUGUAGUGAUGCAAUUCAUCCUGGAGAUGGCCUCAAAUUCUCAGCAAGAUCCCAGAGGUUGCUUCAGACAGUUUUUCCACAAAGCCAAAGAGGGACAAGAGGUCUACCUAGAAGUCUUCCACUCAGAGCUUGAGGCCUUCAAACACAGAGUUAGAGAAUACACAGACAAGUGUAGACGUGGUACAUCAAACAACGCUGAAGGGCAGAACACUGACACAAACUGUAGACGUGACCCUAAAGAAGCUCUGGACUCAUUACCUCAGAUGGCAGAAUACCCUAUGAUGUGUUGUUUAGAGACUGGCCCGUGGACAAGCACAGGCAGCUGGACAAAGGAGGAUGCUACAGAAACGGACGAUACACGUAUGAUGGAGACCUCUUAGGGGACGCAGGAUCCUUCCCAACCCUCUCUGCUUCAGUCUUCAUCGUCUCUCCGUUUAGGAAUAAUCUCAGUUUCAGGCCCUCUUUACACAGCAGACCAGGCCGCUGUGUAAAUGCCACUGCAGAGCAGGAAUAAACCGAGCGAUUAUCCGUCUGCUAUCAGCAUGUCAGCGUCUGACCAGUUGUCUCCUGCAGUGCCUUUUACAAACAGAAUCCAUUUGUCGUGCCAUUACAGCUCCUUCAUUAUGCUUCAUGCUAGUUAUUUUUGUUUCUGUAAAAAGCAUUCUUACCCAAACUGAAUGUGGGGCAUAGGGGACUGAAAAUCGUAUCCAGACAACACAAAGAUUUAAGAUUAGAAUUAAGCAACACUGAGCGACCUGUGUUUUUGAGGAAUUAAUCAAAUGUUAUAUGUACAGUAUUUAAAAAUAAGCAUAGUAACUACUGUAAAAAGGAUCAUGUAGGGUAAAGGCUCUAUAGACAAUUCAGACUUAAUAUUUUUAUAUGAAUCAUGGGAUAGAAAACCUCUUGUUGAGCAAGUCUAACUGGCACUUUUGUUGCUUUCUAAGGAGCAUGCCCUGUCUGCUACCUGACUCGACUACAUGGAACGUACAACAAAACAGAUGUCACGUUUGCAUACGUUAUUGUGUCAUUGGCCGAUUGUGAGAGAUCUGGUCUCGUUGCUCAAAGCAAAGUGAGGUUUUCAUUAAGCCCAGUUUUAUGAUGCAGGAGCUCAGCGUGAUACAUGUUCAUAAGUGAAUUUGAUGCAGUUUAAGCAAAUGAUUUGUGUUGUCUGGUGAGGUGUUAAGUAAUCAAAUAUCCUUUCUCAUCUGCACUCAACAUGCAUCUCUGGCAUUCAGAUAUUAUCUAGCUAGUUAAACAGUGAAGACAUGUACAGAUUAGUCCAACAGUGUCUAUAGUAA